CGGCGCCCCGGGGGUGCCGGAGUCCCGGCGGAUCGGCCAGCCCCGGCCCGCCCCGGGGAGAAGCGGCGGUGCUCAUGGCGACGUGGCUGGGCGCCCUCGGCCUCGGCCUCCUCUGCCUGCUGCCGGCGGCCGUUUUGGGUGAGGAUUGUCAGGCAUAUAUUGAUCGUCAUGGCAAGGCACAACCUGCAAAAUCCUGUCCCAACUUCUGCUGUGGAGAUUGCAUGCAUCGAUACUGUUGCUCUAACACGUUCUUAAAAUUUGAUGAAGAACAACAAUUUCAGUGUAAUCUGCUUGAUGAAAGGACCUCUGACUCAAGCAACAUAAAUUACAUGCAUGUUUUUUCGGAUCCUGAUGAUUACAUUUCUUCUGGCUCCAGUUUUGGAACCCUUAUUGCCAUUGGAGUUACUGUUUGUGCGGUGAUUAUAAUUACUAUUAUUCUGUGCCUCACCUGUUCAUGUUGCUGUUUGUAUAAAGCAUGUCGAAGACCACGGCCUGUUGUGGCCACCACUACUUCCACUACUGUGGUUCACGCUCCCUAUCCCCAACAACAGGGAGUGCCACCCAACUACCCAGUAGCCCCAUAUCAAGGAUAUCAGCCUGUGGCUAUCCAGCCACAACCAGGAAUGCCGGUAGCACCAUACCCUGCACAGUAUCCUCCCCCUUACCCCAUGCAGCCGUCAGGACCCCCAGCUUAUCAUGAAACGGUGGCAGCUGGUGCUGGAGCACCUUACCCAAUCAGCCAGCCCCCUUACAACCCUGCUUAUGUGGAUCCUCAGAAGCCCACCUAUUGAAAAGAUCUUCUACUAUGCUUCUGCAUACAAAACUUUUUAAAGUAUAAUUUGUGCCGUUUACACCGUGCAACUGUAGUAUAUUUUUUCUGGAAGACAGCAAUCUUUUGUCUAAGUAAAGUGAAAGUUAAUUCACUAUCUUUUUUUUUAAAUGCUUAGAGUACGAGGAAGGAGUAUUUUUCUUGCAGAAGUUGUUAAUUUAUACCUCAAGCAAAUACAAACCGAGAUUUUGUUCUAUGUACAAUGAGAAAAGCAUGAAGGAGUACUUCAGAAAUAAGAACCACAAUAACGUUUGCUGUGCAAUAAUUUUGAAAGGAAUGGCCUAAUAUGAGCAUUAUCAAACACCCAAAGCUGUAGCAAUCUUUUGCACAGUGAAAACAUAAAAACUUAAUCUCUGAGAAACUACCUGAUAUAUGUUAUGUAUGUUCUGCCUGUUUUGAAGCUACUAUUGUUAGGUAAGCUACAAUGUAAUACAUUUCAUUUACCAUUCAAAAGGGAAUUCUCCUUUUCUGAAACACAUUUGCCUUCAGUAAGGGUAGCAAACCACGUUUAAUUGUCUUUGGACUAGUUGCAUUUUUCUGUGCUAAAUAGCAUGAGUUGAUAAUUUCCUUGUUUUCUUUCCCAAUUUUAAGGCUUAAAAACUGUGCCUUCAUUGGGUGUAUUCUCAGGCCAUUUUAAUUUAUAGCUAGAAAUUAACAAUGAAACCAAAUUCUCUGCCACUUAGUAAAACAAAUAGAUCAAAAGCUGAAAACCUGAGAAUUCUUCAUAAAAAUUAUUGGGCAAAUAUUUGUUGUCCAAGUAUUAUUGGACAAGCUUACUUAAGUCUUAUGUUGCUGAUGAGUUUGGAAGGAAAAUUACCACCUUAAUUAUAUGUUAAGCAGAAGUACCUGCCAGUGUUCAGUCCUGCCUCAUCAUAGGGAAGGAAUUUAUUUUACAGGAGAGAUGGGAUGUCAGAAAUAGAUUGGGGUUUUUAAAUGCUUGGGGUUUGUCACUGUCUUGUCUCUGGUGGAAACUGUAGAUGGCAGGAACCUAGAAAUAAUAGAUCUUUAUAAACUCAGUCUGCACUUGAAAAUAAUAUGCAGGGCGGUUAAGAAAUCCCAGCCCAACACACAGUAGAGAUUCAGCCUCCUUUUGUCUUCAACAUUCCCAUAAAGCUGAGCCGAGAAUGAGAAGUCAGGGAAAGUAAGAGUGGUAGGAUUUGGUCACAGCGAGGUAAUGUAUUUUUAAGAUGGUAGUCCUUGCAGUCAUGAAAUGUCUUGAGACAUCCUCAUGACUGUUACUGGUGUUUGCAAGGCUUUUCACUCUAUACACCUUGUAUUGAUCAAAGGAAUCAUGAUUUUUUUAGUGUCCUCUACAAUUCUCUUUUUUAACAUUGAAAUACAAUUUGUUAUUCCUGAGUAGAGCUAUCUAGUCUGUUGUAUGUAUCACUGCGACAUAAUUAGUGAAAUAAUUUUGACAUAUCUCAUACACUGAUUGUACUUUUUUAGAGAGGCCAUUAAGCCAUUUGUCCUGUGUUUCUACAUUUGGGGUAUAUUACUGUUCGAAAAACAUUGAUGGUGGCAUUGUUUUACCUCAUAUGAUAGAUGGAAACUGCUGCUGUCAAAGACAGCCUUAUUUCUCUUCCUGAUUUUUGAGUCUAUUUCUGGGUUAUUCCUAUUCUUUUUUUCAAGAAAGUCUUCAGGGCAUUUCAGAAGAAACUUGUAGAAAGUUUUUAGUGCUGGGAUUCAUGACAACUUAGGCCCCUCUGUUACACCUCUCUAAAAGUGUUGAAGUUAAUGGCAUGAAAUGGUGCCACGAGGCACUCACAGACCAUGCAUGCCCUGUAUCUGUGUGUUCCUCCUCUUUCCUGCCUUGUAAGCUGAGAAAUUGGGCAAUGCUUCAUUACACUGUUAGGAGUUAUGUGAGAACAACCAAAAAUGGACAGUGUUUCCUGCAUGGAGGAUUAAAUGUUUCCCUAGAAAUCUGGAAUUUUUACAUGUGGGAGGGCACAGAGUAACUGCAGAAAUAAUUCUCUUGCUAUAGAUCCUACUCCUGUGUGUUUGUUCUUAUAGAAGGAGGGCAGAGACUAUUCCAGCACCUUUGUUAGCCAGCUGCCUGGAUGGAGUCUGGCCAGGGAGAUGCAGUCAGCGAGCACAGCUCUCGGAGCACAGGUACAGUGUUCUAGCGUUGGGCUUCAUGAGGUUGUUACUCUGUACCGCUCUUCCUUUCCUCCAUCUGGUGUGACAAAGCAUACAGUUUGUGGCAGUGUUAGUAGGGUUAUGUUUUGGUUAUGGAAGGAAAAUCUGCAAUUUUAUGAGAAGUCGGCUCAGUUAUCUGGCAUCAUCCUUAAGGAAAAGAUAGAAAAGUAAAGUGGCAACAAUAACAGAGGUCCCCAAAUCUGAAGUUUUGGUGUAGAUGUUGUACAGACCAAAUAAAUUGCCCUGAACACCACUGUAUGUGGAGCGGUGGAAGGAGAUGAGGGAUAGGGUUAAGGACCUUGAAAAUUUACACCUUUCCUUCAGUGAAUGUAUGCUAAUGAUAACUAUAUACAAGUGAAGAGAUGAAUCAUUAGUAUACAAGGAACUACUUUAGUAGUAGUAUUACUACUUCAGUUACAAAACUCAUUGAAAGAAGAGAAAAUGGUCCACUUCAUAAUCGGAGCACUGAAUCGGAUCUUUUCUUACUGUUAGUGUAUUAAUCAUCAUUAACAAUAAGAUGUAGGACCAAAUUUUAUUUACUUGUUGCCAUGCAACCCAUUGAAACUUGUUUUUGUAUAGUUAAGAGAAUGGGAUAGUUAUAGAAAAGAUGGAGAAGUUGGUCCACGAACUUUUAGUUAAAGCACUGCUGAUGUGUCAGUCCAAGUAGCUAUUGCCUUCAUGUCAAACUAGUUAUCCACAGUGCUGUAGGGGAGGGGGAAUGGAAUUAAAAUUUUAAAUGUUGAAAGAGUAUAUGUUAAUUUUUUUUUAAAUUCUGUAAGUGCCUUUGUUUCAGAAAUGUUUUGUGAAAUUAAAUACAGUAGAAUAUUCUGUUGUACUGAAUUUACUAGAUAAUCGUUGAUUUUACUACAUACUGUAACCUAGCUUUGUAUGUUGGUUGUUAAGUUAGUUUAAAUGUAAGUAUUCAAAAGAAAUGGCAUAAACUCUAUGCACCUUUGUAAUAAAUGCAGUGUUUGAAGUA